UGUUUACGCGCGUGUGAGUGUGUGUGUGAGCGCGUAUUGUGUGCGCGCCUACAUGACGCUCCGCAGCCCCUUGGAGUCUGUUGUUCCCAGAGAGCAGUAGGACAAUCAGACGAACUGCAGGAUUAGAAGGACAAAAGAGAAAGUGCGUUUUCGUCACUUUUCGGAGGGGGAAAAAAGUCCGUUUUUGUAUUUUUUUUUUUAAAAUCUGGAACCGUCGCUCUUUGUACGGUUUCCGCGGUGGCGCACAGACCGGUAUGGAUUUACCACUGACUAGACAAGACACGCCGUCUAGUCCUCCACCAAAGUUUUGAUUGUCAUCGUGCUUGACGCCGGAGCAGAGGAGAGCGCUGAACUUUUACGCAGCGUUUUGUGGAAAGUGGUGACCACAUGUGAAGACAUUUGGAGGCAAAUAUUUACUGGAACGUGUCUUCGAUGCUCUCUACGAUUUCUCUCAUGGGGUGACCCACACAGAGCUCCAGAGACGUGACUGUAGGACAGGCAGUGUCCCUCCCAGCCCUCUUCCUGUCCUUUCCUUAAAGGCAAUAAUUAUUGGCACAGACCCUCUGCACACUGUGUGAAUGAAUCUUUGCCGUAAAGCCGCUGUGCUCUGCCAUCCUGUCACCAUGAAGAGCAAGUAUUCUGAAUACUACAAUUACAGUGUGAUCCGCGAAUACUAUGCCUACGCCAAGAACUUGACCACCCAGCAGAUAGAGACACACAUUAAGAAUAAAACACACCUCACCACCCUCAACAUUGUCAUUGUGGUCCUCUGCACCAUCAUCAUCCUUGAGAAUCUGCUGGUCCUGAUUGCCGUCUGCCGCAACAAGAAGUUCCACUCUGCCAUGUUUUUCUUCAUAGGAAACUUGGCAUUCUCUGAUCUGUUGGCCGGCUCGGCCUACAUAGCCAAUAUUUUUCUAUCAGGGUCAAGGACCUUUGAACUGGUGCCUGUGCAAUGGUUCAUCAGGGAAGGCACAGUGUUUAUUGCCCUGGCAGCUUCAGUCUUUAGUUUGUUGGCGAUAGCAAUAGAGCGCUAUAUUGCUAUCACCAAAGUCAAGGUGUACGGCUCCACCAAAACAUGCCGCAUGUUUCUCCUGAUUGGAGCUUGUUGGGUCACCUCCUUUCUGCUCGGAGGGCUUCCCAUCAUCGGCUGGAACUGCAUCUACAACCUCCCUGAAUGCUCAGCCGUACUGCCUCUCUACUCAAAGAAAUACAUCCUCUUUGUUGUCACCAUUUUCACCCUGAUACUGCUCUCUAUUGUCAUACUCUAUGUGAAGAUCUAUUUGAUUGUACGCUCCAGCCACCAGGAAGCGACCAACUCACAAGCCUAUUCCCUUUUGAAAACAGUCACAAUAGUGCUUGGGGUAUUCAUCAUGUGCUGGCUGCCAGCUUUUACCAUUCUACUCCUAGAUUCAUCCUGCAGGAUACAAUUCUGCCCCAUCCUCUCCAAAGCAGACAUCUUUUUUGGCUUUGCCACUCUGAAUUCAGCACUUAACCCAGUGAUAUACACACUGCGCAGCAAGGACAUGAGAAAGGAGUUCCUGCGUGUGUUGUGCUGCUGGGGGGUGCUGCAAAGUGGGCGGCCUUCUGACCGUUGUCUGGUCCCUCUAAAGAGCUCCAGCUCUCUGGAACACUGCACCAACAAACAUGAACACCAGACCACACCAAUCAUGCAAGACUGUACCACCUGUGUUUGAUAUGGUGUAAAUACAUCAUGUGAGAGACAGAGGGGAUGUGUGCAUAUGAAAUCAAGCAGGGAAGCUGUGAUAAGAUGGACAGAUGUUGAAGUGAAGCACACUCUGGGACUAAGAAGUCUGGUAAGGCUGGGACAGAGCCGUCUGCUGAGACACACUCUACAAUGCAGACGUUUUUUUCCUGUUACAAUCAAAAUUGUGUGAAUUCACAAUCAAAUUCACCCAGACAGAGACUGUAACGACAGAAUGUUUCAAGAGGAAAUCUGCUUCGUGGUGAAAAUGUUCAGAAAUGUGAAAAUUGCUUUUUCAUGGGUACUUCUGUUAAUUACUAUGGAGCAAACCAUUUUUCAUGUAUAUGCCAUCUUGUUUCGCAUUUCUUUCUUAGCAUGUACACCCUUAUUAAAUGCCAAAAAUACAAGCAUAACAUGCAUAAUAUCAUAGUUAUGAUGAGUUGUUUUGAGCCUUUCAAUAACUGUGUCAAUGCAAAGCUUGCAAAGUUGCACUUUGGAGAUUACUGUAAAGAUUGUUGUCCAUUGUAAGGUUUAACCACAUUACUCUCCUUCACUGUUAUGUUUCCACAUUAGGCCUAAAGAUUCACUGUUCAUUCUUUUCAGAGCCAGAGGCAGUGAUCAACUCCAAUGAGCACUCCGUGUUACAGAAGUCAAAUUACUAAGUGGCCCCUCAGAAAAACCAGGGCUAUAUAUUCUCUAUAUAACCUUGCUUAAACCAUUUGAUAAACUACCACAAACUUACAUAACCUGCUUACAUUUAAUGCAUGAAAUUCUAACUUAUUUGUAAGUGCUAAUAUGUACAAUAUAAUCUAAGCUCCAGCUUUCAUCACUAACACCCCUUCCCUCAUUUGUCCUCAUAAUCUGUCCUUCUUGCUUUUAGUGUUGUCUUUUGUAUCUUAACAGUUUCCGUCGAGGAAGGCCUAAUCAGAAAGCACAUUUCCUUAAGUGAGUUGGCACUGAUGUAUUUUACUCAAUGACAGCUGUCCUGCAGCUUUGACUCACGGGACCGGUGUCCUGACAGUGUUGUAGCAGCAAUGUGCUGUCUCUGUUUGUGCCUUCCUCCUGAGUAAAAAGGCUGAAUGUACGUAUGAAGUGUUUGGGGCUUGUGCUCCAUUGUUGACAGUAUUAUUGAUCAUUUUGAACUACCAAGGCCUUGACAAGCAGAGAGUGGGAUGACCAGGGUAGGUCACUCUCACUGUGAAGUCUUAAAUAGUGCCGAGAACAAAAAUUGGUUGUGAACAUCCUGGUCUAAUUUGCUAGCCAUAUGCCUUUUGCAACUAAAGAUGUACACACAUCUCAUCUUUCCAAAGACCCCUUACCUCCUCGACAAAAUAGGAGAAUAUCCAGUUUCAAACACACAGGAGGGAUCUGCCUUCCUGGGAGGUCAGCUUCAUCCUCAUUCUCUGACAUCCUACAACAUGCAGCUUCCUUAAACUGUAGGAAGUCCUGUUUUUCGUUGUCCGGUUCCUGUUGUUCAGGGUUACACUAACCUUCUUCCUGUAGACACCGAAUUAAAACUCUUCUCUUUGUCAGUGUUCUUUAUAUUGACUUUUAAAUUUAGAUGGCCAAGUAUAAAUGGUGAAAAGCACUUUGGCAGCUUCAGUGAUGUUUGCUUUCUCCCAAUUUAUUUUUUCAGAUGGAAAGGUGUUUUAAUAUGUGUACCUAUGACUUCAUUGUAUGUCUGACUUUGAUUUUUUAUGAUAAAUAUAUGAAUAACUAUGUAUGUUUGUAAGUAUGUAUCUAUGUACAGUGUGUAUGAUUUUAUGUUGUAUGAAAUGUCUCGUGUGCAAUAGCCUUGUGUGUCAAGUAGCACGCUGCCUGUGUUAAAGUGGUACAAACACUAAUGUAGGUACAUAAACAUUUAGUUUUUUGCAUUACAGUUUUAUAAAAUAAAGGAAAAAUGUAUUGUGCGUUCAAA